AUGGAAAAUAGCGUAGGAAAGUCUGAUGGUGCUGAGACUUCCAAGAAAACAAGAUCUGUGGAUCUCCAGAGCCUUUACAAAAGUAGGGUCUUAAAGGAAGGGCACAAUAAGAGAAAGAAUAGUGCACAAAAUAAUGAUGAGGUUAAGAAAAAGAAAAGGAAUAGUAGGAAAGAGGUCGCUUUGACUAGUAUUCAGCAAGCGGGCAAGAAGAGUAAGAAGAGUUUAGGUGAAGUAUAUGUUGAUGGGGUGAGUUCUGGUUCUGGUGAUGUGGACCGGGCUCUGUUGGGUUUGAGUGACAAGUUGAGUACCAGUAAUGGAUCAAAUGGUAUUUCCAUUGGUUUGGAUGGUAAUGGUAAUUUGAUUCGGAUCCCCAAGCGUCCACGAGGUUUUGUGGGGCGUAAGAAAGUUGAAAGUAAUCGGGUUUCAAAGCCAUCAGGACUGUAUAGUUCCGGUGAUCACACUGCCAAGUUAAAUGGCGAGUCGGAGAAUAUUGUUGGUAAUCAAGUUUUAAAAACACCUGGUUCUUCUGCCAGCAAAGCUCGUUCUGGUGAUGAGAUAGUUAAGUUGCAUAGCGAUUCCGGAGGUGAAAUUGUUAGUUCCAAGGUUUCACAGAAGUCGGGUGUUGAUGAUGUUAAGGGAAGUAGGACAGCUAGAGUGAGGUCAGCUCGGCAUGCUAAGGAGGAAGCUGGUCAUUUGGUUGUAGAUAAUGAUGAUGCACCUCCUAGAAGGCGGCAAAGCAAACACCGGAAAAAGAACGGUUUGGCAUCAGGUAAUGGAACUGUUGUAAAGCAGGUGGAGCCUCCACUUGUGAAUCCAGUCAGUAACCGUGAUGGUUUCCAAGAUGAUGAUGAUGAGGAGAACCUUGAAGCAAAUGCAGCGAGGAUGCUAUCGUCUCGAUUUGAUCCGAGUUGCACUGGAUUUUCUUUGAAGACCAGAUCUUCUGCAUCACACUAUGCUAAUGGGUCGUCUUCCUUGAUCCAUUCUGGUCAGAGGUUUGGUCAAGGGGCAAACUUCUUAGCUGGCUCAGAGUUGGCAUCAGCUGACUCUGCUGCUAGCAGAGUAUUGCGACCAAGAAAACAUCAUAAUGAGAAAGGCCUCUCAAGGAAGCGACGCCAUUUCUAUGAAAUUCUUUCCACGGAUUUGGAUGUAUACUGGGUUUUGAACCGGAGGAUCAAGGUAUUUUGGCCGUUGGAUGAGAGUUGGUAUUAUGGCCUCGUGAAAGAUUAUGAUCCAGAAAGAAAGCUUCAUCAUAUUAAGUACGAUGAUCGAGAUGAGGAGUGGAUUGACCUUCAGCAUGAGAGAUAUAAACUUUUGCUUCUUCCCAGUGAAGUUCCUGGAAAGGUAGAGCCAAGAAAAUCUGCUAUGGGAGAUAAGGGAAAGGCAGAGUUGACUUCAGAUGAUGAAAGUUACGUGGGAAGCUAUAUGGAUUCAGAGCCCAUCAUCUCAUGGCUGGCUCGUUCUUCUCGUCGAGUCAAAUCUUCUCCUUCAGGCACUUUGAAAAAACAGAAAACGUCCCAUCCAUCUACUUAUUCUGUUCCCCCAUUGUCUGACAAGAUUGAUGAUGCAUGUUUGGAUAUGGGUUUGUUUGGAAUAGAUAUGAGUGCAGUAAAUUGUAAUUCAGCAUUUCCAGACAGAUCAAUUAAUGGCAUUUCAGGUGAGACAUAUGUGCUGGAAAGCACCACUAGCUCCAAAGAUAGCGAACUACCUGUUGUUUAUUUCAGGAGGCGGUAUAGGAAGAAAGACAGUGGAUGGAUUAGCACAUCUGUAAAUGGCAAUGCUUCUCGAAGUGUGCCUGGAUCUGUUUUUUCUCUUGCCCCUGUUGUUGACACUUCUCGAACUUCAAAAGAAUCCAAUGUGUCUCUUGGGUGGUUUAAACCUUAUGAGCAUUUCUGGUCUAUUGAUGAUGAUGGCUUGUUAAAAUUAAGUAUGCCGUUGGUAGAAUCUAGAGAAUUCAGGCUUGAGUUAUGCUUAUCAGUACCUCCUGUCCUGAAUGUCAUAUUUGGACUAGAGGAUUUUUGGUGGUUACAUGCUGUACUGCUGCUUCAAUUUGGUACUGUUGUCUCUCUGUGGCCUAAGGUUCAUUUGGAGAUGCUUUUUCUUGAUAAUAAUUUCGGCUUGAGGUUUUUCUUGUUUGAAGGUUGCUUGAAGAACGCUGUGGCAUUUGUUUUCCUUGUUCUACAAGUAUUUCAUCAACCUCAUGAGCAGGGGAAGUAUGUUAACCUGCAAUUUCCGGUAUCUUCAAUAAGAUUUAAACUUUCUUGUCUUCAAGACUUCAGAAAGAAGCAUGUGUUUGCAUUCUGCAGCUUCUCCAACGUGAAAUGUUCAAAAUGGUUGCACCUAGAUCGUAAACUCCAGCAACAUUGUUUACUGGUUCACCAGCUACCUCUGUCUGAAUGUACAUAUGAUAACAUCAGGGCACUCAAUGGAGUUUGUAAUCAGCUGGACAUAAAUUCUGUUGGUGGGGAGCCCUCCGCUUUUCAGGAUAUACUUAGCAUGGCUAGGCUGUUAUGUGUUGUGAGGCACUUCAACAUGAUCUUGCUUCCAGUGGGAUUGAAUGUGGCAAGUUGUACUGUCAAACAGGGUUUACAGAAGAAUUCUGCCCUGGGUAUUAUGGCAGUGGGUGUUUCCAAAGAAUCCUGCAACACAAAUAUGAAUUGCUCUUCUUCUAAUUAUGAUCUGAAGCGGGGAAAACUUCCUCCAUUUGCUCUUUCUUUUACUGCUUCACCAACUUUCUUUCUUGGCCUGCAUCUUAAGCUGCUGAGGAGUAUUGCAUGCAUGAGCCUUCAGGACCAUGAACCUGCUUAUUCUCUUCAAUCAGAAAGCACUUGCCUGCCAAUUGCAGAUGACUCCACUCCGGUCGAGGAUUGCUCUGAGAAUGCGCCAGUAAUCACUCCUGAGAGCAAUCUGAAACCUUCAUCAGGAGAAGUGGCUUGUUCAGGAUGGUUGUCCAGUGCCAGACCGCAGUUGGGAACUUAUGUCGAACCACAUUUGAAAACUGAUACUGUCUUGGCCAGCAAUGAUGGGGAUUCCUUGCAAUUGUCUGAGAAUCUUCAAAAUAGCAAACCAAUGAAUGUUGCUGGUACUUAUUCCUGUUCCAAUGAUUCUGGGGAAAAUGCAAUUGAUGUAAUUGUACAAUCACAGGAUGGUGGAUGCAAUGAUCUAGUGUCACAGCAUAUUGCAAUAUCAGAACAGCCUAUAGUACCUAAAGACCACAACUCUCCUGGUAUGUCGAAUGACAAGAGCUAUUCUGGUUUGAAUGGAUUGAGUGUUGAAAUUCCAUCCUUUGACCAAGUUCAAAGGCCUGUGGAUGAAAGCACGCAUAGGGCUCAACAGGCUUCUGAGUUAGAUUGGAAUACUAGUGAUGGUUUUGACCGAAGCCCAAAUCCCACGGGCCCUCGGAGUUUGUCGCAUCGCAAUAGAAAUAGCUCAAGUUCUUCGUCUUUUGGCGAUUUAUCACAUGUACGGCCCGAUGGGAAAAGAGAUUUUAUCCGCAAUGGCUUCGGCAAUGGACCUAAGAAGCCACGGACACAGGUCCAUUACAUGAUGCCUUUUGGAGGUUUUGAUUUUAGCUCGAAGCACAUGAUCCAUAACCGAAAAGGGCUUCCUUAUAAGCGAAUUAGGAGAGCUAAGGAGAAGAAGACCUCAGAUGGUUCCAAAGUUUCUCGAAGGAACUUGGAGUUCCUAGCUUGUGAUGCCAAUGUGUUGGUCACGCUUGGGGAUAGAGGGUGGAGAGAAUGUGGUGGACGGGUUAUGUUGGAACUUGCAGAUCAAAGUGAAUGGAAACUAGCUGUUAAACUUUCCGGGACUACGAAAUAUUCAUACAAAGUGCAUCAUGUUUUGCAGCCUGGAUCAACAAACCGCUACACACAUGCCAUGAUGUGGAAGGGAGGAAAGGAUUGGGUACUGGAGUUUCCUGACAGGAGUCAGUGGAUGCUUUUUAAGGAGAUGCAUGAAGAGUGCUAUAAUCGGAAUAUUCGUGCUGCUUCAGUUAAAAACAUCCCCAUUCCUGGAGUUCGCCUGAUAGAGGAAAGUGAUGAUGAUGCCACAGAAGUGCCUUUUGUUCACAGUUCUUCCAAGUACUUCCGACAGGUUGAAACUGAUGUUGAAAUGGCUAUGGAUGUGUCACGCAUCUUAUAUGACCUGGACAGUGAUGAUGAGCAAUGGAUUUUUAAUAAUUCAAAAUCUUCACAUUCCGGUGAAAAUGAGUCUGAAUAUAUUUCUGAGGAGUUGCUUGAGAAGACAAUGGACAUGUUUGAGAAAUUUUCAUAUGCACAACAGCGUGAUCACUUUACAGCUGAUGAAAUAGAGGAGCUCAUGGUUGGAUUUGGGCCCAAGGAAGUGAUUAAAGUAAUUUAUGAGCAUUGGCGGCUGAAGAGGCAGAAUAAGGGUAUGCCAUUAAUCCGACAACUUCAGCCUCCGCUUUGGGAAAGAUACCAGGAGCAAGUGAAAGAAUGGGAGGACACCAUGACAACUGCCAACUUUGCCAGUUCUAGUGGAUGCCAGGAGAAGGCACAACCCAUUGAGAAACCGCCUAUGUUUGCUUUCUGUUUGAAGCCACGAGGCUUGGAGGUGCCCAACAAAGGUUCAAAACCGAGGUCACAGAGGAAAUUCCCAGUAUCUUGGCACAGCCAUACUGCCCUCGGAGAUCAGGAUGGUCUUUAUGCUUUUGGAAGAAGAUCAAAUGGGUUUGCUUUUGGAGAAGAGGUUAUAUUUCAAGGCAAUAGCCAUGAAUCUUCGGAGGCUUCCCCGUUGCUUCAGGCAUCAAGCAGGGCAUUCUCACCGAGGGAUGCUGGUGGUACUGGAUCUUUCUCCUUGCGCAAUGAUGGCUUUGAAUUGAAUCAUCAGCCAAGACUACAUAGAAAUAAUUCAAAGAAGUUUGGGACUAGUCUCUCCUCUAGCAGUCGACAGAUGGUGUCUUCUUUGAACCAGAAAACAAUUGGCAAGAGAAAUGGAGUUCAACGGUGGAAUAUGUAUUUGCCAGAGUGGCCAAGUCAAAAGCAUUAUAAAUCAGAAGGAUCUCAUUGGCAUGGAAUUGAACAGUUGGAUGGUCCAGAUCUUGAUGAGUUCAAGUUGCGUGAUGCAUCAAGUGCAGCUCAGCAUGCACUUAACAUGGCGAAGCUCAAGCGAGAAAGUGCUCAGAGAGCGCUUUACAGAGCAGAUCUAGCAAUACACAAGGCUGUAGCUGCUCUCAUGACUGCUGAGGCAAUCAAAGCUUCUUUUGGGGACUCAAAUGGUGAUGGGUAG